AUGGCUGUUGGACUUUGUAAAACCAUGUCCCACGGAUUGGUGACCUUUAGGGAUGUGGCUGUAGACUUUUCCCAAGAGGAGUGGGAAUGGCUGGAUUCAUCUCAGAGGGAUUUGUACAGAGAUGUCAUGUUGGAGAACUACAGGAACUUGGUAUGGCUUGGACUCUCCAUUUCUAAGCCCAACAUGAUCUUCUUACUGGAGCAAGGGAAGGGACCUUGGAUGUUGGAGAGAGAGAUGUCAGAUGGUCAUUGUACAGACUGGGAGUCCUGGUGUGAAAUCAAGGAAGUAUCUCCAAAAUGGUGUAUUGAUGAAGAAGAAGUAUCCCAUGGAAUGGCAAUAGAAAGGCUUACAAGUCAUGACUUUCAGUGCUCUGAUUUGAGAGAAAUCUGGAAAUACGGUGGUGCAUUUGACCAAAAUCAGAGAAAUCAAGAGAGGCAAGUGACAAUUCUUAAGGAAAUCCCUACUGGGCAAAGAGACUAUGAAUAUAACAAUUGUGAGAGAAGCAUCUCCCUGAAGUCAGUACUUUUAACACAAGAGAGAGUUCCUACAGAAGAGCAAGUACAUAAAUUUCAUAUUUAUGAGAAAAUCUUCCCCAAAAAUUCAGUCAUAAUUGAACAUACAAAACUCCAUGUUGAAAAAGAAUCUUUGAUAGAUAGUGAAUGUGAAGAAGAAUUCAACCAGGGUAUACACCUUACUAAAGAUAUAGAAAUUCCUAAUAGUGAGAAACAUUAUGAAAGUAAUGAUUUUUCAAAUCUCUUAAGUUUUCAUUCAUUACUUACUCAUCAUCAGUUAAGUGAUUUUGGUAAAUUACCCCAUGGAUAUGAUGAAUGUGGUAAUGCCUUUAGCUAUUACUCAUUCUUUACUAAACCUCAGAGAAUUCACAAUGGAGAGAAACAGUGUGCAUGCAACAAUUGUGGAAAAGCCUUUAGCCGUGAUUUUUUUCUCAUUGAACAACAGAGAACUCAUAAUGGAAAGAAACCAUAUGAAUGUAAGGAAUGUAGCAAAGCCUUUAGACAGAGUGCACAUCUUGCUCAACAUCAGAAAAUCCACACUGGGGAGAAACCCUUUUCAUGCAAUGAAUGUGGGAAGGCCUUUAGCCGUUAUGCCUUCCUUGUUGAGCAUCAGAGAAUUCACACAGGAGAGAAACCAUAUGAGUGUAAGGAAUGUAACAAAGCCUUCAGACAGAGUGCACACCUUAAUCAACAUCAGAGAAUCCACACUGGAGAGAAACCUUAUGAAUGUAAUCAGUGUGGAAAAGCCUUCAACAGACGGAUAGCCCUUACCCUGCAUCAAAGGAUCCAUACAGGAGAGAAACCCUUCAAGUGUAAUGACUGUGGAAAGACCUUUGGCUAUCGCUCACACCUUAAUCAACACCAGAGAAUCCAUACUGGCGAAAAGCCUUAUGAGUGCAUCAAAUGUGGGAAGUUUUUUAGGACUGACUCUCAACUUAAUCGACAUCAUAGAAUUCAUACUGGUGAGAGACCUUUUGAAUGCAGUAAAUGUGGGAAAGCCUUUAGUGAUGCUUUAGUUCUAAUUCACCAUAAGAGAAGUCAUGCAGGAGAGAAACCCUAUGAAUGUAACAAAUGUGGGAAGGCCUUUAGUUGUGGCUCAUAUCUGAGUCAACAUCAGAGAAUUCACACUGGAGAGAAACCCUAUGAAUGUAAUGAAUGUGGGAAGGCUUUCCAUCAGAUCUUGUCCCUUAGGCUACACCAGAGAAUUCAUGCUGGAGAAAAACCCCGUAAGUGUAAUGAAUGUGGGAAUAAUUUUAGCUGUUCUUCAGCUCUUAGACAACAUCAGAGACUUCAUCAUAGAGAAACACUCUGA